AUGCUUUUGCUCUCUUUCCAUAUUCUCUUAUCUGUUUGCUCUCUUUCCACCACUGUAAUGCAUUUGCUUUGCUUCUCUCUCUCAUGUUUUUGCUGUCCUUCUCUUUCUCUCUCAUGCUUUUGCUGUCCUUCUCUUUCUUUCUCAUGCUUUUGCUGUCCUUCUCUUUCUUUCUCAUGCUUUUUGCUGUCCUGUCCUUUUCUCUUUCUUUUCUCAUGCUUUUGCUUUCCUUCUCUUUCUUUCUCAUGCUUUUGCUGUCCUUCCCUUUCUCUCUCCUGCUUUUUUGCUGUCCUUCCCUUUGCUGUCAUGCUUUUGCUGUCCUUCCUUUCUCUCCUGUCCUUCUCUUUCUUUCUCAUGCUUUUGCUGUCCUUCUUUCUUUCUCAUCUCUGUCUCUCUUUUCUGUCUUUUUCUGUCUUCUCUUUCUCUCCUGCUUUUGCUGUCCUUCCCUUUCUCUCUCAUGCUUUUUGUCCUUCUCUUUCUUUCUCAUGCUUUUGCUGUCCUUCCCUUUUCUCUCUCCUGCUUUUGCUGUCCUUCCCUUUCUCUCUCAUGCUUUUUUGUCCUUCCUUUCUCUCUCCUGCUUUUGCUGUCCUUCCUUUCUCUCUCAUGCUUUUGCUGUCCUUCUCUUUCUUUCUCAUGCUUUGCUGUCCUUCCCUUUCUCUCUCCUGCUUUUGCUGUCCUUUCCUUUCUCUCUCAUGCUUUUUGCUGUCCUUCCCUUUCUCUCUCAUGCUUUUUGUCCUUCUCUUUCUUUCUCAUGCUUUUCUCUGUCCUUCCCCUUUCUCUCUCCUGCUUUUUGCUGUCCUUCUCUUUCUUUCUCAUGCUUUUGCUGUCCUUCCCUUUCUCUCUCAUGCUUUUGCUGUCCUUCUCUUUCUCUCUCAUGCUUUUGCUGUCCUUCUUUCUCUCUCAUGCUUUUGCUGUCCUUUUUCUGUCAUGCUUUUUGCUGUCCUUCCCUUUCUCUCUCCUGCUUUUGCUGUCCUUCUCUUUCUUUCUCAUGCUUUUGCUGUCCUUCCCUUUCUCUCUCAUGCUUUUGCUGUCCUUCUCUUUCUCUCUCAUGCUUUUGCUGUCCUUCUCUUUCUUUCUCAUGCUUUUGCUGUCCUUCCCUUUCUCUCUCAUGCUUUUGCUGUCCUUCCCUUUCUCUCUCAUGCUUUUGCUGUCCUUCUCUUUCUCUCUCAUGCUUUUGCUGUCCUCCUCUCUCUCUUGCUUUUGCUCUUCUUCCCCUCUCUCUCUCAUGUCUUUGUUCUUCCUCCUGUCUCUCUCUCUCUCAUCUCUUUGCUCUUCCUCCCAUCUCUUUCUUCUCCUUUCCCCACUCCUUCUUCAUCUCUUAUGCUUUAG